AUGUUGUUGAAGAAACUGCCAUCUUGUCUUUUCAUUUGUCUUCAGUUCUUUUCUCUUGCUUUCUUUUCUUUUUCUGUCGUUCGUCACCGCUCGAUGGCGACAACGAGUUGGUAUCGGAAAGUUCCUGAAUUAGCACCAUUCUUCUUUCUUUUAAACAGACUUUUCUUUCUUUCUUUCUUUCUUUCUUUCUUUCUUUCUUUCUUUCUUCUAAUGUUACUUUUUCUUUCUUUUUCGUUCUUUCUUUCUAAACGUGUUUGUCUUUCUUUCUCUCUUUCUUCCUUUCUUUCUUUCUUUCUUUCUUUCUUUCUUUCUUUCUUUCUUCUAAGAGACAACUGGACACAAUUAGUUUCUUUCUUUCUUUCUUUCUUUCUUUCUUUCUUUCUUUCUUUCUUUACUCCUUCCAAGUUUGUUUCUUCUUUCUCCCUUCUUUUCUUAUUCCAACUUUCAUUCUUUCUUUCUUUUAUUAUUGCAAGAUUGCUUCUUUCUUUCUUUCUUUCUUUCUUUCUUUCUUUCUUUCUUUACUCCUUCCAAGUUUGUUUGUUUGUUUGUUUCUUUCUUUCUUUCUUUACUCAUUCCAAGCUUCUUUCUCCCUUCUUUUCUUAUUCCAACUUUCAUUCUUUCUUUCUUUUAUUAUUGCAAGAUUGCUUCUUUCUUUCUUUCUUUCUUUCUUUCUUUCUUUCUUUCUUUCUUUCUUUACUCCUUCCAAGUUUGUUUGUUUGUUUGUUUGUUUCUUUCUUUCUUUACUCAUUCCAAGCUUCUUUCUCCCUUCUUUUCUUAUUCCAACUUUCAUUCUUUCUUUCUUUUAUUAUUGCAAGAUUGCUUCUUUCUUUCUUUCUUUCUUUCUUUCUUUCUUUCUUUCUUUCUUUCUUUCUUUCUUAUUUCAAACUCAUUCCUUUCUUUCAUAUUUCAAGCUUCAUUUUUUUUUAUGCUAAGCUUCUUUUUUUUUCAUUCUUUCUUAUGUCAUCUUCUUUCUUUCUUUUUUAUUCCACGCUUUCUUUCUUUCUUUCUUUCUUUCUUUCUUUCUUUCUUUCUUUACUCAUUCCAAGCUUCUUUCUUCCUUCUUUUCUUAUUCUAAGAUUCUUUCUUUCAUUCUUUCUUUCUUUUAUUUUUGCAAGAUUGCUUCUUUCUUUCUUUCUUUCUUUCUUUCUUUCUUUCUUUCUUUCUUUCUUUCUUUCUUCUUUCUUUCAUUUUUCAUUCUUUCUUAUGCCAUCUUCUUUCUUUCUUUUUUAUUCCACGCUUUCUUUUUUUCUUUCUUUCUUUUUUCUUCCUUAUUUCAAACUCAUUCCUUUCUUUCAUAUUUCAAACUUUAUUCUUUUUUAUGCUAAGCUUCUUUCUUUCUUUUUUCAUUCUUUCUCAUGUCAUCUUCUUUCUUUCUUUUUUAUUCCACGCUUUCUUUCUUUCUUAUGUCAUCUUCUUUCUUUCCUUUUUAUUCCACGCUUUCUUUCUUUCUUUCUUUCUUUCUUUCUUUCUUUCUUUCUUUCUUAUUUUAAACUCAUUCUUUCCUUUCAUAUUUCAAGCUUCAUUCUUUUUUAUGUCUUUUUGAUGCUAAGCUUCUUUCUUUCUUUUUUCAUUCUUUCUUAUGUCAUCUUCUUUCUUUCUUUUUUAUUCUACGCUUUCUUUCUUUCUUUUUUCAUUCUUUCUUAUGUCAUCUUCUUUCUUUCUUUUUUAUUCCACGCUUUCUUUCUUUCUUUUUUAUUCCACGCUUUCUUUCUUUCUUUCUUUCUUUCUUAUUGCAAGUUUCUUUCUUUCUCCCUUAUAACCCAUUUUAUAGACAGAGCAAAAUUUGAGAAAUGA